GCGUGCCGACUGCCCCUGUGAGAACGAUGGGUUCACUUCACCCAACCAACCGAUCGAUUUGCUUCCAGAAUUCAACGGCAGGGCUCGUUGCUCGCCGCCACAGAUUAUUCCGCGGUUCACGGUUCCAGGGUACGGUUUUUGGGGGGCACCGAAUCAUCGGGAACAUUGCCCGGUGCUCUGCCAAUGGCAUAUGCCUUUCCUUGGCUUCUGAAAACGCCUUGGCCAACUGGUUAAUUGUAUUAGUCCCAGAACCCCAUGCAUGCACGCCAUGGAGUCGAAAGCUUUGACCAAUGGUGUGUGCCCCUGAACCCCUUUAAAACCAUCUCUUUAGAGUUCAGACUUUCCAUUCCUCCUCUCCCUUCAGAGUUCAGACUUCAGCCAGUCAUAUUCAGACUUCCAUAGGCAGGUUGGUAUAGUAGUUAGGCAGGUAGUUAUGCAGCAGUUGAACUGCGUCAGCUUGCUGCUCCUGCUUAGCGUCCUGCUGGCCGCGCUCAGCCCCGUCGUUGCCACCGCACCCAGAGAGCUGCUAAUGGCGGCCAUCGGCGGCGACCAAGGACCUGAUCAGGGGAGAGUUGCGAACACCUUAAGCGAUGCUCCGGUAUCGGCCGUGAAGGACACAGACGGGGUGAUCGGCAGCAGGAGGAAGAAUGAGGGGGUCGACUGCCGCCAUUUCGGAACCAGGAAGAUACCAUCUCAGGUUCAUUUCAGUGGCCGCAUACCCUUCACUGCCGAUUACCAUCCUGUUCACAGGCACCCGCCCAAGCACAACUAGAGCUAGAUAUGUGCAACAGCUAGCACUAGCGAUAACUAGCUCUCUCGUCUCUGAAUAUUUCUAAAUAGUAUCCUUUUUAUUUUUCUUUUUGUGUGUAGCUUUUAGUUUUUAGCUCUUUAGUAGUGAUAUAUACUACGUAUGCAAGCUGUAUGUUGUGCCAUUUUUGUCUGAAUGCGGUCUGUGUGGCAAUGUUCUCCUGAAAGAAAGCAUUGCUGAUC